UCUUGCUGCAAGUGAACACAAGCUCAACAUCCCCCCCAGAGGUUCUAACCACUAGCAGGUCUUCAAAGUGGCAAUUAAUCAUCAGGAAAAGAAACAGACAUUGGUGAGGGCUUUUUUUCUUUGUGAAGUACAACCGACAGUCUUUUAUUUACAUACUUCUAUUAUGUUUUGAGUAAAAAAUUGAACCAGAGAGGUUUUUCAACUCUAUCAACUAUGAAAACAGAGAAACAUGUUGUAAAACAUGCUCCAGGCCUCCAGGGCAGACCAGCACUUUCCACAGCAACUUUCCCUCAGUCUUGUYGCUGGGUGAGGGGUGGCACAAGGUGUCUGCCAGCCUCCCCCACUCUCCAGCCUGUGUGGGCAAAGAUGAGAAUAAAAGGUAUUAUUUUUAAAAGAGAUAAAAUAAAAAGUCUYUCGAAUUCCCAUGGCUAUUGUCCAGGGAAGCAGCGUGAUUGCAGAUAGGGCCCGCCGCAGGCUCCMGUGUCACCUUGGAGACUAGCUCCAGGCCUCCCAAAACAAGGGGGGGCCGAGGCAGCCAGGAGUGUAAACAAGUCGAACCAGAUGGAUAGAGGCUCUGCGGCAAGGCCACUGCCCAUUAUCACCUGAACUCACAUCCUGAGCCCGAGAGAACCRGGCAGACAGAGGGGCACAGCACCGUCCCUGCCUCCAGCAACUCCGAGCCCUGAGGGGAAACCCAAAGUCCAAGACAGCUUUGCAGAUGCCMGGCACAGCAAGACAUGACCGAGACAUGGCAAUUGAAGCGAAAAGAAACUUGCGCAAAACUACUGACCCUUUGGAAAGGCUUCGCCUGCAGUGCUUGGCAAAGGGAUCUGCAGGCAUCAAAGGGCUUGGCAGAGUGUUUCAGAUUAUAGACAGCAACAGGAGCAGAACCCUUGAUUUCAAAGAGUUUCAGAGAGGCCUAAUUAAUUAUGCUGUGAUGAUCAAUACAGAAGAAGCACAAGAACUUUUCCGGAUAUUUGAUAAAGACGGCAGUGGAACAAUUGAUUUUGAUGAGUUUCUUGUUACACUGAGACCUCCCAUGUCCAAUGCAAGAAAAGAGGUCAUCAUGCAGGCGUUUCAGAAGUUAGACAAGACUGGAGAUGGUGUCAUAACARUUGAAGACUUACGAGAGGUGUAUAACGCCAAAUAUCAUCCCAAAUACCUAAAUGGAGAGUGGACAGAAGAUCAAGUUUUCAGAGCCUUUCUAGAUAAUUUUGAUGCGCCUUAUGACAAAGAUGGGAAGGUCACAACAGAAGAAUUCAUGAACUACUAUGCUGGAGUCAGCGCUUCAAUAGACACAGACAUCUACUUUAUCGUCAUGAUGAGGAAUGCCUGGAAACUCUGAUCAUUUAGGUAAAGAAGCAAAACUUUACUUUCACCCCUUGUAGGUUCCUCUGAUUUAGUGUAUGUACAACAACACCCUCCUGUUCCAUAACGACAGUUUCCAGUAACCGUGCCAAUUACAUUCAUUCUGCAGAAUUAAUUCCCAGAUGCUUCAGUAGGGUCAACCUCAGGGGAUCAGAACAUAAUCAGAGAGCAGAUCUGGCAUCCAGCCACCCCACACAUCUGUCCUUCUUCUCUUUGUGUCCUUGGCAUAUCUUUCCUUUGCCGGGAUGAGCUGCUCCUUUCUUUUCUGACAUCUGCAGUAGGUCACUGUGGCUCCUGAACAUAUCCCUCUUGCGGUGUUGGAUACAGAUCUGUUUGGCAGAAGAUGCAAGAGAGGGAAACCAAAAUAUUAUGGGGGUGUGGUGGUGUUGGACAGGCUGUUAGAAAUGGAUGGAAGUCCAUCCCAAGAGGGUCCUGCAGACCUGUCACCUGUAGCA